UGCGAUUCACUCUGGCGCGGACGGUGGAGCGGACAGGUAGUCACAGAGUUGCUGUGGACAAGCUCUGUGCGUAUACGCCCGUGUGUGUAUGACGUCCAUUUUUUUGGUGUGUGUGUUUGUGUGUGUGUGACGCUUGUGUCAGUGUGCUGAAAAGGUGCCGACGACCGGAUGUCCAAUUUUCUCAUUUCUAUCGGAUUUUAUUAUUAUUCUUUUGAUUUCUUCACGUCUAUUGGUUCAUUUCCGUUCGCGUAUUUUUGGUUUUUUUUUUUUUUUCUUUUUUUCCCAAAUUAUUUUUAACGGACUCCGCCGCUCGGUUUUGAAAAAGAGAUUCGUUCCUCACUCCACCGGCCGAAAUGAUUUCGAAAGCAGUUUUUGAUUGGCCGAUGAAGAAAAACGAUUGAAACACACACAGACAAAUUCGCAACAUUCCAGAAAUAUUUCUUCGUCUAUUUUUUGAUUUCCGAAAAAGCCAUAUCGCCAGAGUGUCUCUGUAAAUAUUUGAUAGGCAAGACAAAUAAUUAGUUUCUGUUUUUUUUUUUGUUUUCUUAAUUCCCGUCUUCGUUCUUUCCGUGUUUAAGUGAGAGUGGCCGAGUGUAAGUGCGCGUGAGUGUUGCGUGUGAAAUCGAGUGAAUUAUCGUCGGUAGAGCGGCAAUGUGUUUUUUGUCUUGUUUCGUUCACUUCAUAAUUACGUCGGAAUAGUUAAAGAAAGAAAAAAUUAUUCAAGGAAGAAACAAAAAAAACAAAAAAGGGGGGACAUAAAAAACAAAACAAAAAGGCCGGCCGAUGCCGUGGAACAGCUGUGAAUUGGUCAGAGCCACGAGCAGGUCUGCUCACAUCUCGUCUCGCUCCCAAGUUUUGGCUGCUGUUGGAUUUGUCGAGCCCCACAUCCGGCAGCAUCCAGCGUUGCAGCGACGACGACCUUAAGUAUCCCAUCCGGUGCCAUACGCACAUCAUCCCAAGCAGAACCAACUACAUGACGGCGGUCAUGACGUCGGUAUUACAAGUCAUCACAACUGUAACGAUGAUCGGCUUUUUGAUGUGGAAUUGUGCGGUGGCGGCGUCGGCAGCAGCAGCAGCGGGAACGGGAUCAUAUCGAAUCCGGUCUCGGCCGCCUGCCGGAACGACGCACCAAUCGCGGUCGUCAUCGACAGGAAUGAGCCGCAGCAGCAGCGGCGGCGGCAGCAAUUGGCAAGACGUUUAUAUCGCUGGUUUUUUGGCGUUGAGCGACCACGAAAUCGAGGCGCCCUUGGGUCAAGGAGUUAUGCCGGCCAUCACGUUGGCCCUCCGCCAUUUGGCCAACAGCAGUUUCCUUCACGAGUACCGACUGCGACUGCUCUACAACGACACGCAGUGCAGCGCUUCCGUCGGAAUGAAGGCCUUUUUCGACAUGAUGGACAAGGAUCCCCAUAAAGUGAUGAUCCUCGGCGGAUCGUGUAACUCGGUCACUGAUUCGAUCGCCAAAACAUCAAAACAUUGGCGUAUCCCCGUGUUGUCGUACGCCGACACGCACCCGAUGUUUACGCGCAAGAGUUAUCCCAACUUUUUCCGCAUCGUGCCGAGCGAGAAUGCGUUCAAUGCGCCGCGUGUCAAACUGCUGCAGGCCUUCAACUGGACUCGUGUCGGCACUCUGUACCAGAAUGAGCCCAGAUUCGCCCUGGCGCAUAAUGGGCUGGUGUCGUUGCUGGACAGUGCCGGAAUCGAGUUGACCGAGUCGCAGGGUUUCGUCAACGACUUGACCCAACCGCUGGCCAAGCUGAUGGAGAAGGACGUCCGCAUCAUCCUGGCCAGUUUCAACGCCACCUGGGCCCGCCGCGUCUUUUGCGCCGUUUCGCGCAUCAAUUUGUACGGCGGCCGCUACCAGUGGAUCCUGGCCGGACCGCGCCAGGAGCGAUGGUGGAUGACGCAAGCCGAGGACCAACAGGAUCCCACCGUCAAUUGCACUUCCUACGAGAUCCUGGCUGCGCUGGAAGGAGCUUUCGUUGUCGACGUCUUACCUCUGACCAGCUCCAAACAGGUCACCAUUUCCGGAUUGACGGCCGAGGAGUACGAGAAACAGUACAACAAGGAGCGAGGCGACUCUUAUUCGCAGUUUCACGGCUACGCUUACGACGCCGUGUGGACGGCGGCGCAGACGGUCAAGACGGUCAUUCACAAGUUGCACGAGAGGAACCGAAUGGCCAAAGCGGCCGCAGCGUCUUCGUCCAGUCCGAGGCAACGGCAGCAGUUGCGGCACUGGAGCCUGCGCAAUUUCACCUACAGAGAUCCAGGAUGGGAGAAACUGCUGCUGGACGCGUUGCGAAGCGUCGAUUUCAACGGAGUGACGGGCCGCAUCAAAUUCGAGGAUAACGAAAGGAGCGGCCGACUGACGGUCAAGCAAAUUGUGGGCGCUCACGAAGUGCCCGUGGCCGAGUACGAGAACGCCAGUGACACGUUGUUCCUCAACGAGUCGGCCAUCUCGUGGAUGUCGGAGAGCAAACAGCCGCCACGCGAUCGCACCAUCCAAACGGUGGAGCCGUCCCGCAUCAGCGUGCCCGUCUUUGCCACGCUGACCAUCGUGGCUGCCUUGGGCAUCGUCCUUGCCUCUUCCUUCCUGGCCAUCAACAUCCGUUUCAGGAAUCAGAGGUACAUCAAAAUGUCGAGUCCGUAUCUGAACAACAUGAUCAUCAUCGGCUGUUUGCUGACGUACACGAGCGUCAUCCUGUUGGGGUUGGAUUCACAUCUGACGAGCGAGUCGGCCCUGCCGGUGAUUUGCACGGCCAGGAUCUGGACCCUGAUGGCCGGCUUCACUUUGGCAUUCGGCUCCAUGUUCUCGAAAACGUGGCGGGUGCACUCGAUCUUCACCGACGUCAAACUCAACAAAAAAGCCAUCAAAGACUAUCAGCUGUUUAUGGUCGUCGGAGUGCUGCUCACCAUCGACAUUGCCAUUCUCACCACGUGGCAGGUCAUUGAUCCCUUUUAUCGCGAGACCAAACUCCUCGAGCCCUACCCGCAUCCGAGCCAGGACAACGCCGAAAUCCGGCCGGAAAACGAAUACUGUCAGAGUAACCACAUGACGAUUUUCGUCAGUUCCAUCUACGCCUACAAAGGACUUUUGAUGGCGUUCGGCUGCUUCUUGGCGUGGGAGACUCGUAAUGUCAACAUACCAGCUUUGAACGACUCGAAAUACAUCGGGAUGAGCGUGUACAACGUGGUGAUCAUGUGCGUGAUUGGCGGAGCAGUUUCGUUCAUCUUGGAGGACGAGCAGGACGUUUCUUACGUCAUCAUAUCGAUUUUUAUCGUCUUCUGCACCACUGGCACCCUCUGUCUCGUCUUCGUUCCCAAGCUGAUUGAAUUGCGGAGGAAUCCGCAGGGGGCGAUCGAGAAGCGCGGCGUCAGAUCGACAGUGAAACCUCAACUUCCGGGCGGCAAAUACGGUGCAGGAGGAGGCGGAAGUGGCGUUGGUAGGCAGAACAAGAGCGGGGCUAAUCAAAAUCGCGAGACGAGCCUCCAGUACAAGAGUAAGACGCGAAACGCCAAACUGCGCAAGGAGCUGCGCAACCUCGACGACCAGAUCCAAAAACUUUUGGAACAACUUGGCGAAGAUAACGAUUCGCUGGCAAAGGAUGGACCUUCGUUUACCUAUUCAAAAAUCGAUUCAGACUGCAGGGUACCGUCUGUCAGCGGAGCUGAUACGAUGUCUUUGUGCUCGCUGAUAUCUUCGCCCGAGCCGACGUCUACCUCGCCGCAUCACGCAAAGGAGAACGGUGGCAAGGGAGUUCGGAGCGGACAUCAUCAGGAGCUGCAGCAACAGCAGUCGGUGGCCCAGUCGACAUCCAGCGGCUCUGGAAGCGGCUCUGGAAGCGGCUCGACGGCGCCAGCCACGGCCAGCGUGGCCAUGUGGACGGCCAUCAGCAACCCACUGCUGCUCAUCAGUCACGUUCUUAGGAGGUCGAUGGAUUUGCAGCCAACCGGUGCCGCCAAUAAUGAAUCAACGGCCGUCGAAUGCGAUGAGGCGUCAUCGCGACAGCAGGCGGUGGACGCCGACGAUAAUGACGACAACCCGUCCAAAGGAGUCCACGCCUGCUGCGAGUGCGUCAGCGUCGAACGACACGCUGAACCGACCAAUGCGGACUGGCAAAAUCAAACAGUAGAUCAGGCUCCAUUUAUUGCCAGCACCACCAGCCGCAGCAGCAACACCAGCAACAGCAACAGCAGGGACGUAAUGCAAGGGGACGAACUAGACGGCAAUCCCACCUCUCCGUUAAUGGUGAACAAAGACGCAAAAGACGGAAAAGACGGAAGAGAAGACGAAGUAGCAAGAGAUGAUGAAGAAGGAAGUGGAAACAUUUGGAGGCUGCUGGCUAAAGCGACAACGCCGCACCAAUCUCCGCCCGGAUCCUUCAUUUCCAACCUGUCAGGCGACCGUUCCGGCGUUGGCGGUGGCGUCGUCGGCGUCGUCGUCGGCGGAGGAAUCCAGUCCGACUCGCCCUCCGAUGAAUGGGGCGCUGCUCAAGUCCACAAGAGCUCGGGCUCGGUCUCGCGUUGCGCUUGUCAUCAUUCAUCGGCCUCGGGAUUGGGGGUCAGCGGGGCGGCCAGAAGGCGACGCUGCCAAAUGAUGGAGAGCUUGAGUCUGACUGAAAUCCGGUCUUCGCCCAUCACGGGCAAUGGCACGUCUUUGUCAUCCGAAUUUGAGCCCAUCCAUAACCGGAGUCUUUCGGUUCAAGGCACGAUGGCAACGCGAUCUCGUCUUUCUCCUUAUUCCGUCGACUGCAAAACUGGAGCACCUUACGGCCAUCAGCAGGAACACAGCCGCAGCGAUUCUUCCUUCAAUUACGAGUCGAACAUGUCUGAAGUGGAUCCGGCCAACAAGCUCGUCAACUACUUCGAGUAUCGAUCGUUGGAGAGCCUCGAAUCGCCGACCAUCAGCGACACAACCAUCAGCCAACAGGACGGCGAAGGGAAUGAUGAAGAAGUGGACGAGGAAGAAGAAGCCAAUUCCACUCGCGUCAAUUUUGACGAAGGUUCGACGUUCACUUCGCCCAGAGAGGAAGACCUGGUUGUUAUCGAAGACGGUCUCUAUUCGUUGCCAAUGGCCAUCGCCGACUUGAACAGUUCCCAAGCGGCCACGGUCGUCAACGGAGUUGGCGGAGAUAAAAGCCCGCCGUCGCCCGAAGAAAUGAGACUCUCACCUCCGCCGACCACUACACCUGUCAAGACCAGUUGCACUGGCAGCCCCAGUCUUCCCAGUCCGACUCUCACGAGUAGCACUCUCACGUUAGCAGCAGCAGCAGCAACGUGUAACGUCGCUUUCACUGGUACACCGUGUCGCUCAUCAUCUACGUCCAGCAAGGGCUCCAGAGGAUCGACCAGUGGCAAAAGCAAGUCCCAAUCGACGCGUGAUCGACGGAGAAGAGCUCAAAGCAACAAUAAACUGAACAGUAAUGAGGACUUAAGCGGCCGGUUGAGUAAGCCUACUCAGCACGGUCAUCAGCAGCAAAGUGAACUGCGUACGCCGCAGCCCACAGUUGAACACUCCGAUUGGAGCAUUCUUCCCAUUUUCAAGCAACUCAUCGUCCAGAGGCAAAUGGAAACUGGCGGUGCUUGCCAUUCGCAGCCCAUCAGCGGCGUCACCGACGAUGAGAGGAUAACGACGAAGACGACGACGAAAGCAGCUAUCGAAGAUAUUGACGAAGAUCACCGCCAAAUGUCCUCGUGUCCUAAUCUUUCUAUCAAGUGUGAUGUUGUCGAGUAUUUUUAGUUGAUUGAGAACCUUACCAAAACAAACAAUGUCGCCCUUAUAACUGUCGUUUCUCAAACGCUAUCAAAACAGCAACUAAACAUCUUAAUUAAUCCUAAAAUCUCUAAUUGAUUGUUGAUCUCCCCUCGCACACACAUUCCAUCUUCGAUUGUGUAUAUCAUCAUGUGUCAAAUACUCAAAUAUAUAUAUCUAUGAAUUAUGAA